AUGUCCUCCAACUCAAAUUCUCGUUUACACAACGCUGUAGAGGCCGCCGGAAAGAUGGAGCGGGGCGAUCCAAUAAUCUCCGACUUCAUCAGGCAGCUCCGAGCGCCUCUGACCGUCUCCGAAUUCGUCACGGAGCUGCACAGCUACGGCGACAGUGACAGUGAGAACGAAGAGAUCAAUAUCAAUCCUUAUGGAGCCUAUCGCAAGGCGAGGGAACGUGCCCCUCGGUCAACCUCUCCGCCGCCGAAGCCGAUUGAAUAUUGGGAAGAUCUGGCUGAGGAGGCAGAGCGUGUCAUGGCCGUUCUCCGAUUCCAAGACCUUGAUCCUCCUGUUUCCAUCGCUGCAGAGACCUCGGAUGAUUCUUCAAUAAGUUCUCCGUCCUCCGAGAAUAGUGAAGAGGAAGCUCCCCGCCCUUCCGGUGGUGAUCAUGUUACUUCUGCUUUCCUGUUUCCUAUUCUGGAAACGAGCUCACAGAAGGUGGACGCUGGCGCUACUGUAGCUUCUGUUGUCGGGUCUAAUGAUGCGACCAAAGGUUCACAGAACUUGGAUCCCGGCCAAGGUACCACACAUGGCGCUAAUGGUCACCGUGAACAUCGUCAGCACAGCGAGGGGAAUAGGAACAAUUCCCAAUAUCCUAUGUUCCAGGCCGUAACCGAGACCUCCUGGGCACGCCUCGAGCGCCAACGUGCACAAUCGGUCUGGGCGGAUGGACACCCAGUUGGUGAGGAUGAAAGACGAAAAGGCCACCACGGAAGGCAUAAAAGCCAUGAUAUCAGACAUAAUAAGUACUCGAAGGAUCUCGGAAGGCCGUCCACCUCCUCGAGCAAUCAGGAUAUCGGACAAGGAAACAUCACCGGGAGCAGGCCCCAGCACCUAAGACACCACCGUAGCCGGACAAUGGGCGAAUACCCCGAGCCUGCUAGGUACCGUGGUCUCGACACCGAUAACAGGAACAGUGCCCCUCUCUCCUCCCGCCAUCGUCGUACUCGGAACGAAGUCGUCCCUGCCGACGCGUCUCAACAAUUUGAGCGUGAGGACCCCGACGAGGGGACGACCUUCAAGGAUAGGAACAGCGUUCCUAUCUACUAUGAGGCUGCGACCUGCGAAUGGCCCGCUCAGCCUACUGAAGGGCUCGGCGGCGUGGUAACCCUGGAGCAGCCCGCUUAUCAGGGCGCGUUCGGGAAGUUCAAGGCUUUCGGUGACAAAAUCGCGAAGAAGUUCAAGGAGCCCAAGGGCAACAGGACCGGUCUCGAGAAGGUUGCCGAGGCGCGCGAGAAAAAGGAACGGCGUCAUGCGGAGGCUGCCCGGAAACAUGAGCAGAGUGCUAGAAGGUCGUCGAGAUGGGACGAGUGA